UGUUGUGUUGUGGCAAUUUUAGCUUUGAUUUAUUUAAAUAUUAUUUUACUCGGGAGUCCCGCUGUAUCGGGACCUCCCGGGGUCUUUGGGAGGUAAAUUUAUAUAUUUUAUUCCCUUAGUAAUUGUUGCAUAAACUCGAAAACAUGUUGCUUUAUUAAACACAUGAUAAAUAUAUGAAAGCCACGAACGAGCGCAAUUCCAACAGUUAUGGAAAAACCGAUCCGCAUCAAGAGUAAGAAUAAAUCUGCUGCGUCGAAGCAAAAAGCAGCGAAGAAAAGAAAGAGUGAUGGUCCUACAUGUUCAAUGUUCAUAGCUGAACUGACAAAAAAAUUCAUGUUGAAAAAGAAACAAGAAGCCGAAGCGCCAAUAAACAUAGUCCAAACAAUAAUUGAAAGCCUCACUAACGCACUACCGGUGAGAUUAUCAAAACGGUCUCCUCCAAGGAAAGAUUCGCCUUUAAAAAUUGAAACUUUACAAUCUUACGCACCAGAAUUAUUGCCGAACGAUACAUUGAAUGUACCUCAACCAUUAGUCAUAGCAGCUGAUGAGCCUGCGGAAAUAGAAAAUCCAAUAUUAAAGAGUGGUUUCAAAAUGCCUAAAAUGCCAGUCGCAAGCAGUGAUGUGUUCAAGCCAACAGAGAGACGGAUCAAAAUGCCUAUGGAAGAUGUUGCAGUGAACACAGGAGGUGAUCACGACGUCGCUGGUGAAAUAGCAAAGUAUGUGGGGACAUUGAGAAAAAUAUCACUCAUAGCUGAAGAGUUUAAUCAGAAGACAGCUAAGAAUUUAAAGGAAAUUGUAGACAGCGUACAGGAGGAUCUAAUUAAAAAGCUAGAAGAAAUAAAAGCAGAAGAAGGAAAUAAAUUAAAUACUCCAAUGAACGUUAUGAUUGAAGCUGAAUGUUCAUCGACAAAGAAAUAACUGGACUGGCAGAAAAUAUAAAGUAGAAAUCAUACCUGACAGCUUGUCAACAUGAAUUAAAGAUUGUUUUGGAUUUCUAAAAUUCUUUGUAAAAUAAAUACAUA